CUCCAUCCUUCCUUGAAAUGGGGUUAGAGUGCGUGCUACCUCUCCUCCUCCCAACGCUCUUACUGCUCAUCCUUGCCUGCAGAUUGAAUGGGGCAAGAAUAGAAUGAUUGGGAGUGGGAGCAGGCGGUUGAGACACCAGGGUUUGGGGGGCUAGGAGGAAAGACAUUCCCGCAUGAGCUUUGCGCCCCCGCCAUUUCCUCGACCCCCACCAGAAGGCGCUGGGGCGCUCGCAUUCGCAGCACCGAGCGUGAGCAUCCGCCCGCAGCUAACCGCGCGGCGCUGCGGUAUGAAAACCUGGGCGGUGGCCUGACCCCUUCCGCCGGGCAAGUGGAACAGGGUGCCAAGGAUCCCUGGCUUUGUUCCUGGAACAGGGGUGCAACGGUUUCUCAGCUCCGUUUGGUCCUUCAAGAAUACGCGCAGAACCACCCCAGCUCCUCUGGAUACAAAGUACAGAGUCAGAAGGCGGAAGGGGUAGGGCGCGCUUCUGAGGCAGGAGGACCCCCCAGUCUCCGGCUCCCGCAUCGGGCCAUCCCCAGCCACAUGAGGACCCCCCAGGCCCAGGCUGAGAGCUCAGCAGAGUCCGGACCGAAAUCUUGCUGUGGCCUUAGAGCGUUAGACAGGAUGCGGCUGGGCCGACGGGCCCUCUGUGCGCUGGUGCUGAUGCUCGCCUGCGCCUCGCUGGGGUUUCUGUACGUGAGCAAUCGGGACGCGCCGGGCCUCCGGGCACCUCUUGCGCUGUGGGCGCCCCCGCAAAGUCUCCCCAGACCCGAACUGCCAGACCUUGCCCCUGAGCCUCGCUACGCACACAUUCCGGUCAGGCUCAAGGAGCGAAUGGUCAGGCUGCUGGCUCCUAACAACUGCAGUUGUGAGUCCAGUGCAGGGGGCCUUCCCCUUCCCUUCCAGAGACAGGUUCGAGCCACUGACCUCACCAAGGCCUUUGACCCUGAGGAGCUGAGGGCUGCCUCUGCCGCCAGGGAGCAAGAGUUCCAGGCCUUCCUUUCAAGGAGCCAGUCCCCGGCUGACCAGCUGCUCAUAGCCCCUGCCAACUCUCCCCUACAGUACCCACUGCAGGGUGUGGAGGUUCAGCCCCUCAGGAGUAUCUUGGUUCCAGGACUGAGCCUGCAGGCACCGUCUGGUCAGGAGAUAUACCAGGUGAACCUGACUGCCUCCCUAGGCACCUGGGAUGUGGCAGGGGAAGUGACAGGAGUGACUAUUACUGGAGAAGGGCAGCCAGAGCUCACUCUUGCCAGCCCAGGACUGGACCAUCUCAACCGGCAGCUGCAAUUGGUCACUUACAGCAGCAGAAGCUAUGAAAUUAAUACAGCAGACACAGUCCGGUUCUCCACUGAGGGACAUGAGGCAUCCUUCACUAUCCGCAUAAGACACCCUGCCAACCCUCGGCUGUACCCACCUGGGUCUACACCCCAGGGAGCUCAGUACAACAUCAGUGCUCUGGUCACCAUUGCCACCAAGACCUUCCUUCGUUAUGAUCGGCUACGGGCACUCAUUGCCAGCAUCCGCCACUUCUAUCCAACCAUCACAGUGAUCAUCGCUGAUGACAGCGACAAGCCAGAGAGAGUUAGUGGUCCCCACGUGGAGCAUUAUCUCAUGCCCUUUGGCAAGGGAUGGUUUGCAGGCCGGAACCUGGCUGUGUCCCAAGUAACCACCAAGUACGUGCUGUGGGUGGACGAUGACUUUAUCUUCACAGCGCGGACGCGGCUGGAGAGGCUUGUGGAUGUGCUGGAGCGGACGCCGCUGGACCUGGUGGGAGGCGCAGUACGAGAGAUCUCUGGCUUUGCUACCACCUACCGGCAGCUGCUGAGUUUGGAACCAGGUGCACCAGGCCUCGGGAACUGCCUUCGGCAAAGGCGUGGCUUCCAUCAUGAGCUCGUUGGCUUCCCAGGCUGCGUGGUCACCGAUGGAGUCGUUAACUUCUUCCUGGCUCGCACCGACAAGGUGCGUGAGGUCGGCUUCGAUCCGCGCCUCAGCCGUGUGGCACAUCUGGAAUUCUUCCUGGAUGGGCUUGGUUCCCUUCGGGUCGGCUCCUGCUCUGAUGUCCUCGUGGAUCAUGCAUCUAAGCUGAAGCUGCCUUGGGUGUCAAGGGAUGCAAGGGCAGAGACUUACACGCGGUACCGGUACCCAGGGUCACAGGAUGAAAGUCAAGUGGCCAAACACCGCCUGCUCUUCUUCAAACACCGGCUACAGUGCAUGACUGCAGACUGAUGGCUUCUGAGGCCUUUGACUGUCAGGCUGGGCCUACCUCUUGUUGCUGCUAGGAAUUUCCAGCAAACCCACCACCCAGUGAUGGCCCCAAUGACUCUCCCUCCCUGCUCCUCUUCGGAAUCUGAUCCCAAGAAGGGUUUGUCCUGGUGACACCCUUUUUUUUCUGUGAGUGCCCAAGGGCCUGAUGGAGCCAUAACUUCUCCCGCAGCCAGUGCCAAGUCCUCCCCCUACCCCAUUUCCAUGGGAUAGGGAAUGGGGGGUCACUUUCCAAGUGCCAAAGAGCCCAGGGGGACUCUAAGAACUCUCCUCUCAUCUCCUUAGGACUGAGGAGGUGGAGAAGCUUUCCCAUAAGUAAUUCCCACUCCAUCUCUGGGUCCAGGACUCUGCACCAGCUCCACAGAGAGAACCUGUGUCUCUGGAGCUGGGGUGGAGGCUGGUGAACACAUGAUGGCAGCCGUUU